AUGCUGGGUUAUUUAUUUUCAUUUAUAUUCUUUCUGCAAGUGCGGACACAACAAUUUUUUAAAUUCUCCUUUAAAAAUAUUCUUUUAUUUAAAGCUGUCACCUCUUAUUUGUACUGUCUUUUAAUGGAAAUUAGUUAUGUUGCACUUUUUGGCAACUUUUUCUAUCACUCUUAUAUUCGUGGAGGUGGGAAGAAAUUUAACCGGGAAAAGGCCAAAAAACCAACUGAAGAGCAGCAUUCAAUGAAGAAUGGAACAACAAAAAUGGAUUAA